GCAUGCUACGGAAGUGUGUCCGUGUGUGCGGCCCUGUAGCUCCCUGUCCCCGGUGUACGACUUGAACAUUUUGGCUAAAAACAGGUGGAUGACAACAAUUUCCAUUGCGUGCAGUUAGGUAUCACUUUCGCUGAUUGUAGUCAGAGAUGGGAGCGAACAAUAGCACGCGCCGCGUCUCCUUUGAGUCGGAUGAAAAUGACAACAUCACAGUUGUGAAGGGCAUAAGGCUCUCUGAGAAUGUCAUCAACCGAAUGAGGGAGCCCAUAGCUCCCCUUCUUCCCCCCUCCCUUCCACAGGUCCCACCCCCUGUUGCGGCUCCCUCCCCCCUCCUCAUUCCAGUGCCUCCCCUCAGACCCCCCUUCGAUCCCAUCACCUCGCUUCCACCCAUAGAACCCAUCGCACUACCACCUCAACCUCCUGCACCUGUCACUGAAGUAGUGGCCCCUCCUCCACUUCCACCCCCCAUGGAACAGGUAGCAGCUCCAACCAUCAUUGACAUGGUGAUCCCGCCUCCUACCCUAGCUGCUUUAAAGCCUGUGGCGUCCCCUCAACCACCUGCAUCUGUUGAGCAGCCCCCAGUGGAAGCUUUUGCUCCUCCUCCUGCCCCAGAACCAGUGGAAGUUGUUGGCCCCCCUCUUCCUCCUCCCACCCUAGAGCCAGAACCAGUGGCUGCAGCAGCACAUGCAGUUGAUGAAGAGGAGCUGAGGAAGAAGAUCACAGAGGAUCUGCAGAAAGGCCUGUUGAAGGAGAGGGCGAAGGCUGAGCAGGAGCUGCAAGCAUGGCUGGAGGAGGAGAAGGUCCAUGCUGCAUCCUUUGCUGAGGCUGAGGCCCAGGCCAGUGUGAAGGAGGAGGUGGGUCGUAUCCUGGAGCUGGAGAGAGCCACGACCCAUAAUACCCUGACGCAGGCUGUCAUGAGGGAGAAGGUCAGCGCUGAGGACGAGAGGCUACGCACCCAGCUUUAUGCCAAGCAGCUGGAGCUCAGAGACCAGGAACUGAAGAAACAGGAUGCCUUCUACAGGGAACAGGUUGCCAGGCUGGAGGACAGGAGUGCUCAGUUCUACAAGAUGACCACAGAGAACUACCACAAGGCUGCCGACGGAAUCAACGCAAAGUUCAAGCGGUUUGAGGUGAGUCCAGUGUGUGCUGAUCUGCAGGGUCAGAUCCUGAAGUGCUACCAGGAACACAGUGGGAAGACUCUGCUCUGCUCCACCAUCGCCUCCCGCUACCUGCAGUGUGUCAACCAAGCUAAACAGAACAAGUUGAGGACUGGGGGCUAAGCGGGAGGUGCUGUGGCAUUACGGUUUACCAACCCUUUAUCGACUGCAAAUGAGUGGAGAGGAGAGUAAGCACCAGAGAUCGCAACCCCGACUCGAGGUAGAAUCAGAACUGCAACCUGACCAGAACCAGGAACACAAGAAAACCAGACAACCCUGAGAGAGAGAGAUGGACACCCCUUAGCCCAACACCCUUCUCCCCCCACCCCCACUGACCCCCAAACCCUUUACUCCUCCGUAAGAUCCCACCUACAGUACCUACACCCCUUCUCCCCCACCCCACUCCACUGCAUGUCUAUCUCUACUACCAAGAGGGAGGAGGACAACGGUAGCACUUCCUAAAGAGUACAGCGCAGUAGCUCCAUCACGCAGCAGCAGUAGGAGAAGUGCAACUGUCCUCCAUGUUGGAGACGCAUGAAUACAUGCAGAGACGGAGAGUUUAAGUCUAGGCGGAGUCCACCAGAACCAAUGCAGGCCCAGAGCUGAAGAUAUCCUCACGGACUGAACCACUAUCAUUACCAACACGCACCACCACCCAACCAGCUCACCCCUCUUACAAAGCCACUAGUCCGCCCCAUCACCACACCCUCUAUCAUAAACCUACAUGAUCACAUGACUUCUAUCCACCAGGCUUCACCCUGCUGUAUCCCUCUAUCCACUAUAUAAACCUACAUGAUCACAUGACUUCUAUCCACCAGGCUUCACCCUACUGUAUCCCUCUAUCCACUAUAUAAACCUACAUGAUCACAUGACUUCUAUCCACCAGGCUUCACCCUACUGUAUCCCUCUAUCCACUAUAUAAACCUACAUGAUCACAUGACUUCUAUCCACCAGGCUUCACCCUACUGUAUCCCUCUAUCCACUAUAUAAACCUACAUGAUCACAUGACUUCUAUCCACCAGGCUUCACCCUACUGUAUCCCUCUAUCCCUGUGCGCUGUCCUGCACACACCAUUGUAUUAGUAAUGCAUCUGCUUGUUUUGUUUUCAUCCUAACCGUGUCAAAAUCACGUCUGAUCAGAGGAAAUUAAAGAAUGAUACCGGAAUUGA